UUUCAAUCGCUUACGACGACGUUUAAGACUUGUCGGAUGAGCUAAAGCUAAUAGACAAUAAAAAACAACACGACAGCUAGGCGACUCAAUGGCAUGCUAACUAGCCUCGCAUCUAUUUUCGUGUUUUUCACGACACAACCGCAAUUGAAUUGAUAACUCGUAUAUACUACAUUUUGAAUGAACAGUAGUGCACAAACCUAUGUAACAAUAGCUAGCUGAAUUAUCAACUUGUCACCAAAGGAGGGCGGUUGUGCUAACUCGUUAGCAACCUGAAGCUAAAUGUGCUCACUUCCGACAGACCAAGCGAAACGAAUCACAUUUUAGUCGAGAUUUGUCCCUCUCGCUUCGCCGUAUUGCGUAGUUUAUUUGUUGUGCUAGCUUCUGCUAAGCUAAAUAGCUUGUUAGCUUUUAAUAACAUCAUUCUAGAAAUCUGCAUUUUAAGGAAAUAGUUGUGAAAAAAAAAAUUGUUACACGUCUAAUUCUUGAUAUGCUGUGCUUGUUUAAAUUGGUUAGCUUGUCGAAUAAAUAAGGAAACAGGCAAGGUGCAGGAUGAAAGCCUUUAUUAUCAGGAGGCAAAGAGUCACUCAUGGAUCAUGUCACUGAUCCUGUUUGCCUUUGUAGUGCGGGUUAGGGAUGGACUCCCUCUGUCCGCCUCCACAGACUUUGAGCACAAUCGAGAGCUGCAGGAAAGGAAACAGCAGCUUCGGACCAUCAGCAAGACGCUGGCCUUCAUCCCAGAAAAAGCUGCUGUCAAGGGCCAAGAUCUUAACAUAUACUUGGUGACUUCAGAGGGCGUCUCUUACAUGAGCGUGUGCCACUGCAGCGUUCCCAUCACGAUGGCCUUCUGCUUCCUAGAAGACCUGCGUUGGGAAUUCACAGCCUGCUACAAUCACAACGUUGUGUCGCUGGCAGACAGACCUUAUCCAUUUUUGGAAUUUGACUGCACAAUUCAAAAGCUGAAGCAGCAGUACAACCAUAAGGGCGGCCCGGCUCUAGAGGUCACCUUGGCGGAGGUCCAGGAGGAGCUGAGGCUCCGCCCACCACAGAUCCUAAACCUGGAGGAGGUCGAGCUCACUAAUGGCUCUGCAAAUGGCCACGUGGAGCAAUCGGCUACCUCUGGCCAGAACAUAAAACUGGAGCCAGUGACAGCACUGGGCAUUCUUUCAUUGGUCCUCAACAUCAUGUGUGCUUCCUUGAACGUCAUCCGAGGCGUGCACCUAAUAGAAUAUACAUUCCAGGAUGACUAUGACGGUGCGUGGAACGUCGUGGCUUUCCUCGUGGCGUUCCUCUGCUCCAUGCUUCAGUGUCACCUGUACGUCUUCCACUCCCGGCUAAAGACUGCCAAGUCCCUUAGCCUGCUCAGCGCCAUUAUCAUAUGCAACCUCUUCCUCCAUGGGAUGAGGAACGCCUGGCAAAUCGCCUUCCACAUCGGCGUGGCCUCUUUGUCCACCGUACUCAUCCUCCGACGGAAAGUCCUAGACAGGAGCAAUGACUGUGGGGUGUGACAUUAUCCAUCCACUUUCUAUGCACUUUGUGUACCAUUUUUUACAGGGAAGGCUUUGCUUUGUGCUGCUUUUUUAAAGCCAAAAUGUUCAGAUCAAGGUUCAAGUAAUUUGAACUCAAACGGACAAAUAUACUUUUUUUUCGCUAGUAAAUGUUGUCAGGGGGCUAAGUUUUUCUAACUUUGCUGGGGGGGGGUUUCGGCAAGGCGGAUUGAGUUUUUUUUUUCUUGGGGACCUUCACAUUUUCACAAGGAUAUAGACACACUUUGAAUUUUUGAUUGUGUUUAGGUUCCCAAAAAGUCAAUUGUUUAGACACGGGUAUGAAGACUAAAAAUGCACUGAUUUGAAGGGUUGAAUCUUAUUUAAAUUGGUGGUAAUGUUUUUCUGUAUUUUAUUUACAUGUAUGACAAUUAUUGCAUAUCAGAGUUCAGCUUCCAAUUACCGUAAUUUUUGGACUACAAGUAUAACGCUUUGAACCAUGCGGCUUUUAGUCCAGUGCGUCUUACAUGUGGAUUUUCCAAGCAGAUAAGGUCUUCAGUAGGGUUGUCAAAAGUAUCGAAUUUUCUUGAUACUGAUAUGUAUCAGGAUACGAAAUUUGAUUCGUUAUCUAUUGGUUUUUGGGCUAUCACAGGUUAAGAGAAUUUUGUUGUCAUGGAGUAAAUUUGAUUCUGCGCGACUCUUGAUGGUAAUGGAGGAUAUUUUUUGCAUUUUCCUUGUUAACUCAUAGGCUGCCGUUGACUGUGCCUGACGUCCAAUUCAUUUGAAGUCGGAAGGUUGCAAACAAAUGAACAUUCAUUCGCUGCCACCCUCCCAGUUCAAAUGGAUUGGACAUUUACUUGUCAUAAACUCUUUUAAAGAGUUAAUUUUUCAUGAGCCACAAGACUUGACGUCUACCAUCGUCCAAUGGCACUGACAGAGUUCCUAAAAAAACUUUUUUUUAAAUGUACAGUUAUGUGAAAAAAAUUGGACACCCCAUUAGAUAUUCACUUCUUAAGAAAUGUUCACAGAACAAUGUCUAAUCUUGUUUUUCUUUAUCUCUGGAAAAGAAAGUGAUUUAAUUGCAGGUGAACAACAAAAAUUAACAUUGUUUUACUCAUUAAACCAAAUAUAUCAACAAAAAUGCAUAUUCUGAGGAAAAAGUUACGACACCCUAAUAGCUAGUGUUACCCCCUUUGGCUAAAAUUACUUCAGUGAUAGACAUCGGUCUGAAGAAAGUUUGCCCCACUCAACGCAGAAUACUUUUAGCUGAGAGAUGUUUGAGGGGUUUCUUGCUUGUACAGAUCGUUUCAGGUCACCCCACAGCAUCUCAUUGGGAUUAAGAUCUGGGUUUUGACUGCGCCAUUCCAGGACUCUCCAUUUCUUCCUUUUCAACCAGUCCUUGGUGGAUUUACUGGCAUGUUUUAGGUCAUUGUCAUGUUGAAGAGUCCAGUUUAGCUUCAGCUUUAUUUCUCACAAAUGAUCUCACAUGGUCCGCAAGUACCCUCUGAUACACGAUAGAUUUCAUAGUGGAUUCUAUGAUGGUGAGCUGACAAAUGUCCUGCUGAAGCAAAGUAUCCCCAAACCAUGACACUUUCACCUCCAUGCUUCGCAGAUGGUCUAAGGUUCUUUUCCUGGAAUGCUGUAUGGGGUUUCCGCCAAACAUGUCCUCUGUUCUGGUGUCCAAAUAAUUCAAUUUUAGAUUAAUCUGUCCAAAGAACAUUAAACCAGAAGUCCUGGUCUUUGUCUACAUUCACUCUGGCAAACUUCAGUCUUGCCUUCAUGGUCUUCUUGGAAAGCAAAGGUUUCCUCAUUUGACACCUCCCAUGAAGGUUAAACUUGUGAAAUCUCUGAUUGUAGAGUCAUGCACUUUCACAUCAACAGUAGAAAAAGGCCUGCUGUAGGUCCCAUGAUGACAUUUUAGGGUUUUUGGAGACUUCUUUUAGCAUCUUGCGGUCUGCUCUUGGGGUGAACUUGCUUGGACGGCCAGACCAGGGCAUGUUGGCAGUUAUUUUGAAUGUCCCCCAAUCGUAGACUAUUUACCGGACAGUGGAAUGGCGGAUUUUAUAUUAUUCUGAGAUCUUUUGAAAUCCCUUACCAGACUCCUAAGAGUCUACAAUCUUCUUUCUGAAGGCCUCAGACAACUCCUUUGAUCUCACAAUGGUGUUUUCUCUCACUUCAACAGUCAGGGGCACACCAAACUAAAUGUGAAGUUUAAAUAAGGCAAGCCUCCUUCAAAACACUGGGUAAUGAUGUUCUAAUCAUGUGCAGCUGAUGUGAUACCCCUGUGUGUGAAUUUAGCCAUUUUAAGUGGGAUUGAAAGUGGGGUGUCCAAUUUAUUCCUCAACUGAAAUUGCAUUUAUUUAAAAUUACAUUUUUGAGAAAGUUAUAAAACAUUUUUUUCAGUUUUGUUUAGUUCUCUUACUUGAAUCUCUCAAGAUUGUUGAAUUUGAUAAUAUAAUACCAUAUGACCAAAUAUCUUAGAAAACACACAGGCUUACACAGGGUAUCAAUUUUUUUCACAUGACAGUAUUAUCGAAAAGGGUAUUGAGUAUUUUUUUAGUAUAGAUGUCAAGUUGAAAAUAUUCUAGUGCUGCGACAACAGUAGUCUUUAGGUGUGACUAUCCCUCUGGCUUAUCGUCCGUUGCUGUUCAUACAUGAACAAAUGCAGUUUUCCUGUCAAAUUUGUGGGGUGUGAUUUAUAGUCAUGUGUGGCUUAUAGUCCGAAAAUUACAGUAGUCAAAAUGAUGCUUUGCUAGUUUCUUUCGUCAUUCAGAUUAUAUAACCUGGCAAUAUGAUCGACUGUAUAUUUUUGUAUGAAAAUAUACCGUAGGUUAUAGUAUUGUGAUCAAAAAGUAUUGUGAUCGCUGCUCAAAAAUGUUCUAUACGGCACAUUGUUGAAGAUGUGUUGUACCAACUCUGUCUUUUUCAUAGAGCACUGGCAGCUACUGUUUGAUGAAACUGCAGUAUUUUUUGAUACAGGGAAGAGUUCAUUUUUAAACAGCAAAAUGCAACAUGUCCUUCCACAUAGUUGACAAAAUGUAGUACACGAUGCCAUCAAUUUUAUGAUCCCGGCCCAAAUGUGUUGCAAUUUUAAUAACUUGGAAUCAUUUUUAUCUCAAUCGUAUUACAACUGGCAAAUAUUAUUUCAGAGUUUUAAUUAAUUUAUUAUUUUUGCUCUUUUUGCUGACGUUUGAUCAAUAAAUGUGUUUUAUUUGUAUCUUCCUCUGUGUCACUGUCAUUUAACUUAAUAGUUCACCUUCAUAUUGGAACAUGGAAGAGGAAAAUAGUGUCAAAACAAGAUAAUCCUGCUGGAAGUAAGCAAAUGAAAUAAAAAAAAAAUUAAAAAAAACAAUUUAAGCAGUUUUUUACG